CGGGCCGGGCGAAACAAAGGCUCGGCGAAGCGGUUGCCAGAGCGCCGCCGGUCGCCUGGUAACCGCCCGCUGCCUCUUUAUCCGGGGGCGUCUCCUGGCUGGGGGCGGGGUGGAGCAGAAAGUCUCUGCGGGCGUUCGCCAGCCCGCUCGGCGGCUCGCCGUGUCCCGGAGCUAGUUCUCGUCUCCGCUCCCGUUCCUAUGCGGGCUGCGGCAGCGGCGCUCCCAGCAGCCUGGCCCUUAGCGGGCGGCCCCUCCGGGCGGCGGGUGGCUUCCCAGCGAGCGCGCCCCGGCCCCUCCGGGGCUGCCCGGCGGCACCAUGAGUUCGGAGACGCACCGCACCUCGCUCUUCCGCGCCCUGUUUAAGAUGGAGCCGGCGGCAGCCGCCUCCGAAGUGCUGGGGGGAGCCUCGGAGUUCGUGAAAGAUCGGUUGUACUUCGCCACUUUGCGAAAUAAACCGAAAAGUACCGUAAAUACCCACUACUUCUGCACUGAUGAGGAGCUGGUCUAUGAAAAUUUCUAUGGAGAUUUUGGACCAUUAAAUCUGGCAAUGUUAUAUAGAUACUGCUGCAAACUAAAUAAGAAAUUAAAGUAUUUCAGUCUAUCAAGAAAGAAGAUAGUGUACUAUACCAGUUUUGACCAGCAGAAACGAGCAAAUGCAGCAUUUUUAAUAGGUGCAUAUGCAGUAAUAUACUUGAAGAAAACACCAGAAGAAGCUUACAGAACGCUUAUGUCUGGAUCUAAUCCACCAUAUCUUCCAUUUAGGGAUGCUUCAUUUGGGAACUGCACGUACAAUCUUACGAUCUUGGACUGUUUACAGGGAAUAAAUAAGGCCUUGCAGCAUGGAUUUUUUGACUUUAAGACAUUUGAUGUGGAUGAAUAUGAACACUAUGAGCGAGUGGAAAAUGGUGACUUCAACUGGAUUAUUCCAGGAAAAUUUUUGGCCUUUAGUGGACCACAUCCAAAAAGCAAACUUGAAAAUGGUUAUCCUCUUCAUGCACCUGAAGCCUACUUCCCCUAUUUCAAGAAACACAAUGUCACAUCAAUCAUAAGACUAAACAAAAAAAUUUAUGAGGCAAAACGCUUUACCGAUGCUGGUUUUGAGCAUUAUGACCUGUUCUUCGUAGAUGGAAGCACACCAAGCGACAGUAUCGUUCAGAGGUUCCUGAACAUCUGUGAAAACGCUGCUGGUGCUGUUGCUGUACAUUGCAAAGCUGGCCUGGGGAGAACAGGAACGUUAAUUGCCUGUUACAUAAUGAAACACUACAAGUUCACACAUUCUGAAGCCAUUGCUUGGAUAAGAAUAUGUCGACCAGGCUCUAUUAUAGGACCCCAGCAACACUUCUUGGAAGAGAAGCAAGCAAUGUUAUGGCUGGAGGGAGAUCUCACCCGACCAAAGCAGAAACGAGGAGCAGUUGAUGGAAACAUUAACAGAGUUCUUUGUGGGUUGAAUGACAUUUCAAUCAGUGACAGCUUGAAUAAAGUACAAGACUUGGAUCAAUACAGAGAGAACGAUUUUGAAGAUGAAGCAGGUGUGGAAACUCAGAAUGGCAUGACGCAAGGAGAUAAGCUUAAUGCCUUAAAAAGUCGGAGACGGCUAUGUUCUGCUACAACUGGAGCUCUGAGGCUGCAAGACAUGAAACUGCACACCAGGUCACUAUCACAACCUUUCAGACUGAAUAAUUCAGGUAGCACAGAAGGAUCCAUGUCUCCUCUGAAGGCCUCCAAAGUGAUGGCAGUUAAUUCACCAUCUGCAGAAAGAAUAAGCAGAAUUGCUACAUCCUCAGGCUCUAACCUUAAAAGCGUUUCCAUAAACUCCAGACUAGCCAGUUCUCUAGGGAACCUGUAUGCUGCUUCAGAUGAUGAUGAGAGCAAAAUGACAUCAUCGUCUUCUAGGACAGGUUUUUCUGUAAGACAGAUCUCCAGCCACUUGAAUGGCAGCUUGCAGCUGCCUCACAGAAAUAACCACGAACUGAACAACAACUUAUACAACAGAAACAGCAGUAGUGGCAACAACCUGAGCAGCCAAACCAGUUUUCACAGCGCCGUGACAGAUGAGUACGCAUCAAACUUCCGUUAUGAGCCUUACAACUCCUCCAGCACGAUACCAGAGUCAAUCAAUUCUUUCCCUUCAGUCUGAGUAUGUUCAGUACUAAAGCUUUGCUGCUUUGGUGAAACCUGUUGAGCUCUUAAAAUCGACGUCCUUCACGACGGAGAAGAAUUUAAGGAAGGAAGCUGCUUACUCAGAGGAGGAAUCUCCAAUACAAGACAUAUUAAAACCUUAACACCAAGAGGAGACUUCUUAACAGUCAGAAAUCUCUUGUUAAUGACUACUGCAGAUGCACUGAUGUUGAAUUUAUGGAAAUUAUUUUACCCCAUGUUAUAUACAGAUUUAAAUUUUUAAUGCUGAGACAGCUUGAAUAUAUUUCUAAUGAGUUUCAUUCACAUUUAUUAACUUGUGUACAGUGUUAAAAUAUGUAUUAAGAGAAUAUUUUGAUAAGCAAUAUAUAUAAAAAUUAUGUAAAGAAUAUAUUUUAAUUUAGUAUUGUUCACUUCUUUGCUACAAAAAUGUGUAUUUUAAAGAAUUUUUACGUGUUUAUCAAAGAUGAAAAUUUUUUUAUGAAGAAGAUGUUUUUCUUGUUUUGUGGGUCCAUCAUUAUUGCUAAAAGCCUAAUGUAAUUACUUUUUCACUAAUUGGUCUUCUGGUAACUUAAUGGAAGCUGAACUAGUGAGAGACUAGUUACCACACUAUCAACUGAAAUCUCUUGAUGCAUAGUCUGCUUUCCACUUUUAGCUGCUAAUGUUUCAUAAGGAAACACUAUGAACAAAAGAAAAAAAGAAAAAAAAAAAAGGGAAAAUCUUUGUUGAGAUGUAAUGUAACUUACAUCUUUCAUUGCAAAGAACAAGUAAUUUAUCAGAUGAUUCAAUUGAACAAUUAAGGCUUUCUUUCCAUUUGUCUUAAAGCAAUGUUUUAACUUUUUUUCCAGUGGAUGGUGAGACACUGGAACAGGUUGCCCAGGGAAAUCAUGGAUGCCUCAUCCCUGGAGGUGUUCAAGGCCAGGCUG